CCAGUCCCAUGGGCCACCUCGCUUAGUCCCAUGAUAGCCGAACACAGGGGUGCGCUGCCCCUGUUCCCGGCUGGCAGCAUACCUGAAGGAACAGGUGAUGGUCGACAUUCGGCUGGGAAGUCGCUUAUAAUCGUGACUUUCACACGACAAAGUCAGUUUCUGAUCAGGAAGCAGACCUAGCAAGAUGAUUCCUCUACCCAUGCUUUAUGGCUUUAUCAUUCCUCUUUCUGUAGCAUUCAUCGUCCUGAUCAUCGUAUCGGUGUACAGAUUCUAUAGGAAAAAGGAAACGACAGUUGGUUCUUUUCCCAUAGAAGUGAACUCGAAAACUCCUUACUUCAUGGCCACGUCGUUCUCGUCUCCGCCCUUCACGCCCUUUGGAUCAACCCUGAAGGAGAAUGGCGAUAGUAUCACGUCUAAUAUCUCAAGGAAGAACCUACGGGUUAUAUACAGUCCCCAUUCCGCAGCGGCCAAAGAUAAAUUGAACGAGACCCAGCUGACAGCGACAAGCCCGGUUCUGGCAGCUGCCCUGGAGGACGUCCUUCGCUUGAGUCGAGAGGUCUUCGAGCUAAGGAACGCCCGAGCUUCUCUGCGACAGUUGCAAACACCGUCUCGCUCCAAGGGUGAAAUCCUCUCUAAUAAGGAUCGCAAAGGAUGCAGUUCUUUCGCGGAUGGAGAAUCUCCUCUGGAUGCAGUUUUAGCACUUGCUUCGCCGUCGCCUAUCUACAGCCAGGGCGCUGAAGAUACGACGAAGGAGCAGUGGACAGAGAUCGAUCUAGGGGACACUUCCAAUGCAGCCGUUUGGGUUCGAACAGAUUCUAUAACUUUUGUAUGAUAUACAGAAUAAAAGUGUCUCUGAAUUUC